AGCAGCUCUCCACUCUCUUGUCUGCAGCCGUACAGAGCGCACCAUCUCUGAACGCUGCAGUCCACGCUCAUUCAUCUACACGUAACAAGAAAUCACGUCCCGCAAUGUCGGCCGCCAGCACCGAGACUAGUGCCCCUCUGUCCACAGCCGGCAGCCGCGUCUUCUUCCAAGGUGCGCCCGGGGUGGGCUGCGUGGGCUCCGGCCCCAUCACCACCGCGGACGACCCGGUCCAGAAGAGGCAGGGCAAGGUGACGGUCAAGUAUGACAGGAAAGAGCUGCGGAAAAGACUCGUCCUGGAGGAGUGGAUCAUCGAGCAGCUCAGCGAGUUGUACGACUGCGAGGAGGAGGAGAUGCCAGAGGUGGAGAUAGACAUAGACGACCUGUUGGAGGUCACCAGUGAUGACGAGAGAGCCAGCAAAUUACAGGAAUCGUUAAUAGACUGCUACAAACCAACAGAGGUCUUUGUCCGUGAGUUGCUGGGCAGGAUAAGGGGAAUGAGAAAACUCAGCGCACCAACCAAGAAGGGCCUAUAAUGGCUGUCGCGCCAGCUGUCAAUCAAACAUAAACGACAUCAUCCCGGCUCCACCUGCUUAACCCACUCAACAUGGACUGUCGUCACAUUAAACAGCAUUAAUAACUACUCUGCAAACCACAGUCAUGCGCCAUUAAAUCCAUGCACAUAGCCCCACAAGGUUCAUUAUAAUAUUAGACUGUUGAAAGGUACAGAGUAACAGCAAAGAGAGUCACAAGAAAAGGUCAAACCCAGCGAGUUAGAGCUGCAACUGUGCUUUACCGCCUAAUCCCACAUUUCAGAGCCAUUUUUAAGUCUUUUCAAGCUGAUGCUAUAAUCUCGACAGCCAUACAAACAUAGACACCAAUAAAUCACAUAAAGGGAGGUGGUUUUAAAAAAUAUUUGUACUGAAGUAGGUGUGAAAAUUAGCUCUAGCACUAUGUAACCAGUGCUUCAUGAUUUUGUCUUUUUUUUUUUUUACGGAUGUGUUUUGCUGUUACUUCUUUUCUUUUAAAAAGGGUACAUGUGGUAGUUGUUUGUUGUUGUUUUUUUUACUUACUUUUGCAUUUUAGUCUUGCAAAUGUGAGGGACUAGUUUCAUUUUCAGCACAACAACUUUGUCCUUUUGUGAUGUACAGUAUAUACAUUUCCGGGAAGAGUGGUGACCAUUUUAGCAAACGGGGGCAAAAUAGUGCGUGAUGUGUUUUGCUUUUUACCCACUGCUCAACUUCACCUCAACCUUUUCACCACAACAAGGCAUGAUGGGCGUUGCAGUUCUCUGUAUGACGCCUGUAUGAUUGGCAGCCUUUCACGUCUCACGUUAUUGCGGUUCAUUGUCCCUCAGAAUACAUAUCAGUUGAUUUAAGCACAAAGCCCAAAUAUUGUUGGUUGUUUUUCCUCACACAGGGUUUCACUCUGCAAACUGGCCUCUUUAUUAUAUUGGUUGAUGUUGCCUUUAAGGACAUUCAGGAUCAGUUCCCCUUUUACUCAGCACUGAACCUUAACUACUGACAACCAAAAGGCAAAAAAACAUAUAUACGGUUAAGUCAGAACCUGAAGACAACUUGAAACACACACCUGUCACAUCCUGUAAGUAAAGGUGUGCCAAAACCGGUAAGUGGAGUAUGACAUCUUACAUGUUACAUGUAACAGGGGCGUUAAUGUGUGACGCAGGGAUUGCGCGAUUAAACUACCUUUUGAGUGGGUGCAGACAGAGUUUUAGGCUGUUUGAAAUGUCCUACAGAGUUGCAGAAAAGACGUUGUUAUAGUAUAUUCCCAUGUUUACGAGCUGUAUUUAGUUAGUUAUUGUUAUAAAAUACCUAUACAAACA